AUUCUUAAUCACUUACACCUUUCCUCUUACGAACCGUUCAAUCAUACAAUACAACCUUUUCAUCAAAGUUCAACGCAAGAACACCGGAUUUCAUCAUGAGUCCAAGCGCGCUCAGUGGCGAGACCGCCGUUGGUCCUGAGGGACCCCGACAAAGGAGCCGUGCGACCGCCGACACCAUACGAGUAGGCUGCAUUGCCAUGGUCGAGAAGGACGGACAAGCUCGGCGCGCCGAAAUCUUAAGCAUCAGAGACACCAAAAGCGGUCGCCAAUUUUAUUGCAACUUUGACAACUUUAACAAGCGAUUAGAUGAAUGGGUGCCUGUUAAGAGGAUAGACUUCGAUCAGGACGUCGAGUGGCCAAAUCCCGACAAGGACAAGCCUAAGGAAGGAAAAGGAAAGAAUUCUACCGCGCCCAAGAGGAAGACCGUCGGAAACAAAUCCCAAAAGCGACCUGGGAAGAGAGAGCAAUCAGUUAUGUCCGAAGCUGUUACGCCUAUGCCAUGGACCGAUUUCACCGAUAGUCCGUCGCAAUCGAAAGCUCCAUCGACACCGCGCGAUCUCGAAUCCAAGGCCGGGGAAACACCGGCACCUAAUGGAGAUGAAAUGGACGUAGAUGACGAUGAGCCGACGCCCGAAGUUAAAAAAGAGGAGACAUUUAGUAGAGAAGCAGAGAUAGAAAAGCUGCGGACAGGUGGCUCCAUGACACAGAACCCGACGGAACUCGCUCGAAUACGAAACAUAUCCAAGGUUCAAUUCGGUCAAUGGGUUCUAUUCCCGUGGUAUUUCUCACCAUACCCCGAGUUGUUUACCCAAGAAGAUAUCAUAUUCAUAUGCGAAUUCUGUUUGAGUUACUAUGGAGACAAAAAGUCAUUCGCUCGGCAUCGGCAUAAGUGUACUCUCCAACACCCUCCCGGAAAUGAGAUAUACCGAGAUGAUUAUGUAUCAUUCUUCGAGAUCGACGGCCGACGACAACGGACAUGGUGCCGGAACUUGUGUUUACUGUGCAAGAUGUUCCUGGACCAUAAGACUCUUUACUACGAUGUGGAUCCUUUUCUCUUCUACGUCAUGACGCAGAAAACCGAAAAGGGCCAUCAUCUUGUAGGCUUCUUCUCCAAGGAGAAGGAGAGCGCCGAUGGAUACAACGUCGCUUGUAUUCUCACUCUGCCUCAAUACCAGCGGAAGGGCUUUGGUAGAUUGCUGAUCCAGUUUUCCUACGAGCUCUCCAAGAUCGAGGGUAAGCUGGGAUCCCCCGAAAAGCCGUUGUCCGAUCUGGGUCUUCUCAGUUACCGUCAGUACUGGACGGAGAAUAUUCUAGAACUUCUAAUCGAGUGUAAUGAGCGGGAUGAGAAGUCGAGCAUUGAACAGAUCUCGACUUCGCUCGCCAUGACCACCCAGGACGUAGAGCACACAUUGCAGGCGCUCAAGAUGCAGGUGUAUCAUAAGGGAGAACACAAGCUAGUGAUUCCGGACGCGCUGAUCAAGCAGCGAGAGAAGGCCAAGUCGAAGAAGAAGCGAUAUAUUGCACCGGAGCGUAUUCAAUGGAAACCGCCCGUGUUUACUGCUUCUUCGCGGACUUGGGGUUGGUAAGGAGUUUGGUUGGUGUGCUUAUCUUAUAGCUUUAUAAAGGGAGCGUGCAUUAUAUUUAGUUACUUGAACAGAUACCCCAUUCGCGUCGAUAGAUCGCCAUCUUACCUGUCUACUUGUGUUACCGUUACUGUCUAUCGCGAUGUUCCAUUGUUUUCGUUUCCAUCACGGCAAAAGCCGUUCUGCCACCACAGAAUUCGACGAAGGAAAUGGUGUAUUUGAAUUCGGCCUAGCUAGCUAGUUUUUAAGAGAAGAGAAGAGAAGAGAAGAAAAACAAAAGGAAAUGGUAUCCGUCCCAAAGACACCCUCGUAUUGUAAAUAGUAAUUUGACCUAGAUUAAAGAAA